AUGCUGAGUCAAGAUCAACUUCACCAAUACAGACAAGAAGGUUUUAUUGUCAUCAAAGAACUAUUGACUCCUGAUGAAUGUCAAAAACUAAAAACAGCUGCCAAUAAACUAAUCGAUGACUGGCAACCAGAGGAAGACUAUUCAUGGAUGUUUCCAAAUGGCGAAACAAAAGAACGAUCAGGAGCUCGGCAAAUGAUUGAUAGUAGUGAUAAAAUUUCAUUUUUUAUCGAAAAAGAUGCUGUCGAUCCUCCAACAGGAAAACUCAAUCGGGAAAAACAUUUAAGUGUGUCUAUGAUUGGCCAUUAUCUUCAUAUGCUCGAGCCGAACUUCAAGGCAAUUGCAUUUUCUGACAAAAUCAAAGCGAUUGCACGUGACCUGCAAUACAUCAAGCCUGCCAUUCGUCAAGCGUUGUACAUUUUCAAACAGCCAUUGAUUGGCGAAAAAAUAACUUCUCAUCGAGACUCAUCAUAUGUUUCCAAUGAGCCAUUUAAAAUAGAUGGUAUUUGGAUUGCUCUCGAAGAUGCUACAGUCGAAAAUGGAUGUCUCUGGUUUAUACCUGGUUCACAUUCCACGCCGACUCGACGACAUUAUAUUCGUAAUCCAAAUGAACAGGAAUUUAAUGAGGGCAAAUUACUCAUUAAUAUGGGAGAAGAUCAAUUUGACGAAAAUGCUUUUAUACCCGUCGAAGUCAAAGCAGGUGAUGCAGUUCUUAUCGAUGGUCAAGUAGCACACAAGAGUGAACAGAAUAAAUCGUCAUAUACAAGACAAAUUUGUGCAUUUCAUAUUUUUGAAUCGCACAAUUCCAUCUAUAAUAAGGAAAAUUGGCUUCAACUAACGGAACCGUUUCCAUUACUCUACGAUGAAUGA